AUGGUCAUUCCAAUAGCGGUUGGGGGGCAACUUUUUCCAAGGGAGCCACUUCUUGACCAAGGAGGAAGGAACCGUGGCAGGAACAACUAUGCAGAUGCCAACCCCUUGCUUAUGGCAGGUGGGGGGCAUCAAGUGGCCAAUCAAUCUCAAGGUUGGCCAGACAACAACCCUCCACUACCUAUGGCACUUAACAGAGGCCAAUUUGCAGAAUUCCUUCAGUCGGAAUUUGGCCUAACUCGAAGGGGUGGAAGGCCAACUUACAGAAAGCCCUAUCCAGAGUUCAUUGAUGAAGUUGAAUUUCCAAGGAAUUUCAGAAUUCCAGAGUUUGCAACGUUUAAUGGAGAGGGCGAACAGUAUACUUUGGAACAUAUCAGUCGGUUCACUGUCCAAUGUGGAGAAGCAGCAGCCAAUCCAUGGCUGAAGGUACGCUUAUUUCCAAAUACACUGACUGGAGCUGAGCUUGAAAUGUCCAUGACAGACCUUUUUAGACUUCAUCAAUUACCUGAAGAGUCUGUGAUGAGCUUCCUUUCCAGAUUCAGGUGGGCCAAGUUCAAAUGUAAUUUGUCUUUGCCGCCGGAAGAAUAUAUGAAGAUGGCUGUGAAUGGCCUAGAAUUUGAACUUCGCAAGAAGUUUAAAGGUGUACAGUUCCAUGACUUGUUUGACUUGGCUGGCAAAGUGGCAAAGUAUGAAGAGCUCCUUCGUGAGGAGCAAGAUAGGAAGAACUCUUCCAAGGGCACCUACUAUCGUGAUCCUAAAUAUGAGGUGUAUACCACUGAAACUGAAGGGGAGUUUGAAGUCAACGUAGCCGAGCUCAACAUAAAGAAGGCUUACACUUGUGAGGCCUUGACAAAACCGAAAUCAGCCACGGCUAACUUGCAGGCCGUUUCUGGUUCCAAGUGGAAGGGGGCAGAUUCUUCCAGAAGUUACUCUUUUGACAUUUCUAAAGCCGAGCUGACAAGCAAUUGA